UCUCUGCCCUGGGCGGGAGAGAACUUCGAGUUCUAGAGAAUGCGAUGCGAGAAGGAUGAUGAGCUUGAAAUACCCAAAUCUAGCAGGCCUUGGCGAUUCACUUGGGAAAGCCUAGCUCACAUCCCCAUACUCCGCCUCUAUCUCUUCAGCCCGGAUGUCGGCGAUAUCUCAGCCCUGUGCCGCUUUGUCGAGGCCUCGCUCAGACUCGAUCGCUCCCUCCUCCUUGUCUCUUGGCAUAUCGGCGACGAAGGAGCCGUAAGCAACGGGAGAUCAUUCAUUUGGAUUCCGGUUCCUAGAGUUCUCAUUAAUCCGGAAUGCUCCGUCGACGUCAAGGCGAUGGCGGACCACAUCGAGGUAAAGCUUGUUCUCCUUCUUCCAGUGGAUCAUCCCGUGGAGUCAGAGAUAUGGGGCUCUCCUGGGAUGGACCCAGAUAGGUGCCUACCUCUUUCUCUUGGUUCUGAUAUAGAGAAAUUUUCUUCCGAAGGGGUGAAUAUUUUCUGCAAGUCCUGCUCAGCCAAGUUAACUAGGCAACCUCUCAGAAAAUUUGUAGAAAUACCAUCAAUGAAUUGGCAAGAGAUAGCUGAUAAUUGGUUUGGGGGAUGUUGUUCAUUUGGAAGUGUAAGUGAAAAGUUGGUGUCUAAAUACUUGGAUACUUUUGAUUGUAAAGAGGGAACGUGUCUGUUAGAUAGAGCUUCAGUUGCUGUCUGCGAGCAUGAUCUUGAAGGUGCCGUUUUGGAAAGAACAGUUUCAGAUUUUGGAAUGAAAUCUUCUGAAUCUAAUGAUACUAGUUCUAUGCGUUGUGAUUUGGUUUCAUCACGAGCAUGGUCAGACACUAGUGCACAUGAAGUGGAUUCAUCUUCUAAUAGUAAUCAGCUUGGUUUGGUUGGAACACAAAAUGAUAUCAACAUGGAUUGUCUGAAGGCUAAUCUUAAUAAUUUCUCACUAAAUAAUGAGAAAUCACUGUCAGAGUCUAUAGUUGAAAGGACUUCAAAAUGUGACUUCCAUUGUUGCAUCGCUGAGAAAGUACAACAUGCUGGUGGAACUGAAUAUGAAGCUUCAAUAGCGGCAUGCAAUGCCCAACAAUCUUUAAAAGUUUAUGGAAGUGGUUUUAUGGUUACCUCUGCCAAUCUUUCAAAUGAUGUAGAAUGCGUAGAAUUUUCUUGCAGAAAUUGUUCAUCUCCCCUUGGUUCAUAUUCAUGUGUACAGGGUACAACUGCGCCAGUAGUUGGUGGAGUCCGAUUAUUUAAGUGUUACAUAUCCACUUCUGUUUCUACUGGUGCUCCUGAUGAUGCAUUCAAGACUUAUACACUGGAAAGUAUCUUUACAAAUCUGCUAAUUGAGGGAGCGCAAGAAGAACUAUCAUUCCGUACAAUGGUAUGUGAUCUGAGGACAAGGUUCCCCAUGCUACAAAUUGUCCUCUUAAAUUCAAGAGCCUGGUGUUGCUCUGGCCAUUGCUACGAAAAUGCUGCAACAAGAGGACUUCCUGCGAUACACAUGCAACCUGUGGUUAAGGUUCUUUUUUCAGAUUGUAGUGCUUCCACAGACGCCAAUUCAGUAGUUGCUAAGGAUAGGUCAGUCCGGAAUGGUACUGAAGAAGUGUACAUGAUGAAUCGUGAAAUAGAAGGACUUACAAGAUCAUUAAAAUCAUCAAUUGCUAAACUGCCGCAUUCAUGCUCUUCAUUGCAAGGAAUGUCUCUGUCAUUCCUAGGAAGGUAAGAAAAAAUUAUCGUCUGCCUACAUGUUAUGUAAAUCGUAGGGCUGGCAGAAUUUAUUUGUUACCAUUUUAAAUGAUUCGAUGCACUUCAUCUGUCAUUAUUUUUUUGACAAA